CAGGGCACACAGCAGCAGGACACGUCAGUGCAUGGUGCUCACCCGCUCAAAGACAAGCGGCAUGGAGCAGCAGCCAGGCGACAUGGUAGCAGAGUACAAGCAAUGGGCAGCUGCGGCAACAUCCGCACGUAAGAAGGAAGAUGAGGAAGCAGAGGAACAGCGUCGCCUCGCUGAACAGCAACGACAGGCGGACGCUGAGGCAGCAGCAACGGCCGCAGACGAACACCGUCGACUACGCCGAGACAAUCUCCUCGGAUGCGAGGGGGAUAUCGAGGUCAUCGCCGGCGAAUGGGCAGUGGCUGCUGCAGAGGAGGGUGCCCCCUCUGCUGUCCGUGGCCUUGCAACCACAAUCGAACAUGUGAGCGACUUGGUCGCCACCUGUGCAGCACAGCAAGAGGACAUCCUCUGCAUGGACACCCUGGUCCGGAAGCAGAUUCGUGUGAUUGACGAACUGCUUGACCGGGUACGCCGGCUGGAACAGCAGCUUGCAACAGCCACUCCCGCCGGACCCUCCAAAUUGGCGGAUCGCAUUAACGUUUUGGAGAUCGACGUCGAGACUCUCAAGGACGGCGCUUUAACGACAAGACCGCAAUGUGUAGCACUAUGCGUCCAUCUCCACACAUACUUAGCCUUCUAUGCACCACCAUCUUCGCCGACGGAUGAGGAAGCUGCGGUGGGGGACAUCCUUGCGUAUGUUGCCAAGGUGGCCCGCAAGUUUCGCAUGCAGCGGUACGAUGAUAACAACGCACCGCCCCUCUACGUCCGCAUCCAAGUUGGGCAAGCGUCCUGCAGCGCUUUGCUGGAUAGCGGCGCGACUCACAAUUUCAUCAGCCAGUCCUUUAUCCAAAGGGCCGGCCUUGGCGCUCAAGUUCGAAGGAAGCCAAACCCGACGGCGAUCAAGUUGGCAGACGGUCGAACGCAGCAACUCCUCGAUCGUUACAUUGCAGCCGUGCCGGUUUAUUUCGCACCUCAUGCAUGCGAACCGGUGACGUUUGACGUCUUGGACACGACCUUCGACAUCAUUCUGGGCAUGCCUUGGCUUGCAAGUGCGGAUCACACGGUUAACUUCCAUCAGCGGACACUUACCGUUCGCAACGCCUUCGGUGUCGAGGUGCCGUGUACCAUUCCUCUUCCGCACUCCUCGAUCCGGUGCCAAGUUGUAAUGGCCAAGUCUUUUCGGGCCACUUUCGCUUACGAGCGAACCGACGAGAUCGGCCUAUGUUUUCUACGAGCCGCCUUGACGACCGAAUCUUCACCAACGGACUUGUCUUCGGAACCCCGAGUGGUGCGGCUGCUCGAGGAGUUCACCGACAUCUUCGAGUCUCCUACCGGUGUGGUGCCGGAUCGGCCGAUCUCCCACGAGAUCAUUCUCGAGGCCGGUGUCGUGCCGUUGAAAGGAUGCAUCUAUCGCAUGAGCGAGGAAGAGCUCGAGAUUGCUACAAAUCCGUGUUCAAGAUGCGGUACGAACACUUUUGAGUGGAUCGUUAUGCCGUUUGGCCUCACCAAUGCCCCGACGACCUUUCAAGCGGCAAUGGCCAAUGAGUUCCAUGCGAUGCUGGACCGGUUUGUACUAGUCUACUUAGACGACAUCCUCGUCUAUAGCCGGACAUUGGAGGAUCAUUUUGAGCACCUUCGACGAGUGAUGGAGUUGCUCCGCCGCGCCAAGUACAAAGCCAACCGCGGUAAGUGCGAAUUUGUCCAGCAAGAGCUGGAAUACUUGGGCCAUUUUGUCACACCGGAGGACAUCAGUCCGUUGUCGGACAAGAUUCAAGCCAUCCAAGAGUGGCCGGAGCCGAAGUCUGUCACAAACGUUCGUUCCUUCCUUGACUUAGCCGGCUACUAUCAACGCUUCAUCAAGCGAUACUCGAAGAUCGCGGCUCCCUUUUCCAAGCUUCAAUGUGAGGAUCGGCCAUUCGACUUCGACGACCAUGCGCGGACUUCAUUUUUGGCUCUCAAAGCCGCAUUGCUAUCCGCGGAGGUGUUGCGCAUCUACGAUCCGCUUUUGCCGACACUUGUCACUACCGAUGCAUCCGGCUAUGGCAUUGGUGCCGUCCUCGAGCAACAUGACGGUGUGGACUGGCACCCGAUCGAGCAAGAAAGUGCCCACCGUGCACUUGAUUGACGACGCACGGAAGAAGGAAUUAUUGGCCUUCGUACACACGCU